AUGCAGGUGGAUCAUUGGAAAUCGACGGUCACACGCCUGGCCAGCUGGAUACUGAAGACCAUCCAGAAUGCCCCCGCCAGGUGCCUCGUCGUGAUAGGAGCUGGCUCGAAUUGCGAGUCUGGCAGGCGCGCGACAGGCGGAGGCGCAGUCCAGCAGGCGGCAGAUGAUGCACACCUCGGCACCCACAACAUUGGCGCAGAGAGCUUCACCAGUCAAGAAUUAUGGAGACUCAUGUCCAUGGAGGGGCUUGCGGUGGUGGACUCCUACUAUGCCACUGGCCCCACGCACUUCUGGCAGCAGAGCGAGCACACGUCGCACCCUGAUCACUUUUGGGCCCCGGCUGGGGCCAUUUCGAGUUCGGUUUCUUGCUGCGCGAUGAGGGGAGCUAUGAGAAACUUGCAGGAAAUUCCGCAUGCGCUGCCGAAGGGCCACUGCCCAUUGCUGUGGAGGCUGCGCUACAAGCUGCACUUCGACGUACCCGACGCUGAGCUGGAGCCGCGACGGGAUCACGAUUGCAUGGCGAAGUUGCUCAGCGACGGAGGCUCAUUGGGGCUGGUCGGAGAGCUUGAGAGGAUUGUCGAGCUGCAGCGCGUACUGGGCCCGCUGCUGAGCAUCGGCAGCGUCGAGGCGAGCUUCUACUCAAGUGUCACACCCUGGGCCGCAACUGCUUCACUGAAGAAGAUCGCAUGGCCAUUCGUCGGUGUGAUCGAGAGAUACGUCGAGAGAGAUACAGCCUCGAUCGUGAGAAUGCUGGCCGCAUGUUACGAGAAGCCCAGCAUGCCGCUGAUCGUGGUCACUCGAGUACCGUGUGGAAGUUGGCUUUCCAG